UAAAUCAGCUCAAUCUAGUUUCUUCUUCAGAAUGAAGUUGACGUAUAUUUUCGUAAUAAUUUUUCAAAUUAAUUUUGUUAGAAGUUUAAACGAAACUAACGGCGGCAAUGGAAAAAAAUAUUUUUUCAAAAUGAAACAAAACAGCAGCGAUUUCAUUAUCACGAGUAGAAUACCCCAUUUGGGACCUAAAGAAUUAGAAUAUCCGGUUAUACAAAAAAAAUUAAACAACGCGACUGCUAUUAAUGAAGAAAGUGUUGAAAAUAUAACGGAAGUUAUUGAUGAUAGUAAAAUUACGACGAAAAAAACGAUUAUAACGAGUAGAAUACCGCAUUUGGGACCGAAGCAACUAGAAUAUCCGGUUAUACAGAAAAAAACAACCUACCAAACAACCGAUUCGGAAGAACAACACGAUUUAACUGAAGAUAACGAUGAUAAGUUUAACGAAACUGACAAAAAAAGUGUUUUGAAAGCGUUAGAUUUGAAAAUUAUUCAAGAAAAAAUUAUUUUCGACGAAAAUGUCACUGACUUUGUGGUUUAUAAGAUUGAACCGAAAGUGAUCCAAGAAUUUAUGGAAAAAGUUACCAAAUUUGCAGGAAAAUGCAUGGAAGAAACUAAAGCGACAAACGAGGAUAUAGCUAUGCUAAUGGCACAUCAAACCCCAUCAACUCAUGAAGGGAUAUGUAUGAUUUCUUGUAUGUACAAAGCAUUCGGAGUACAAAAUGCUGAUGGUACCAUGAACCCAGAUGAAGGUAUAAAUAUGUUGGGUAAAAUUAAGGAUACUGAUCCAGAUCUAUUUGAAAAAAUGGAGGCAGUUGUUAAUAAAUGCAGAGAUACUCCAGUUGAAGAAGAUCCCUGUAUAACUGCUCUAAAUGUGGCUAAAUGUUUGAUGAAAGAAGGGAAAGAAAUGGGAUUAUCACAGGAUAUGUUAGGAAUGUAAUUAUUUAAACUUUUGAUGCAUAAACUUUGAUAUAUAUGAGCUAUAUAAACAAAUAUACCUUAUAGAAUAUAA